AAAAUCUCUAUAUGACCUAGAGCUGAUCUAUACGGGCAAUUUUUUCCCAUCUCUCAGAUCAAACAUAAUAAUAGUUAAACAUGUAUAUGGAAGUCUGAUGAAGAGCAAAAGUGUUGUUGCCACAAUUUCAUAUUGAGCGCGCGUGCAAGUGUGGUGUUGGAGGGAUCUCCUCUCCUCUCCAUGGCGAUCACUUUUUUUUUUCUUCUUACACAUAUCUCUCCAUCAUCCAGCCAGUAGGAGAAUUCUCAGAUGGCAUCUCCGGGUUGUGAGAUCGCUAUAUAAUCAGGUGGAGGCUCAGACACUAGCAUCAGUCUCUUGUGCACCUUCGCUCAGUGAAGUGUAUCUUGUACGAGUGUUUUUGAGAAUAUUUUCCUAUCGAGAUGAAAUUGUUCAUUGUGAUCGCAUCUGUGAUUGCCGCCACAUCGGCUGCCCACCUGGGAAAUAGUUACAUCCCCCCACCGAGUAAUGCUCUCUCGGCCGGUGGAUCACCUGCUUUCCUUCAGGGACCACGACCAUCUAAUCAGUACUUGCCACCAGGUGGUACCAACUUCCGCCAUUCAGCUGGCUUCGGUGGUGCUGGUUUUGGUGGCCCAAGUGCAUUUGCUGGUGCUGCUGCAUCCCAACCCCAAUUCCGUGCUCAACCUCAGGCUCAAUUCAAUAACCACGGACAGUAUCAGCCCCAACAGUACAAUGCUGGUCCACAGAUUCCCAUCUUGCGGUACAACAACAACGUCAAUGCCGGUGAUGGACAAUACGAAUUCGACUACGCCACCGGAAAUGGAAUAAUGCAUCAGGAGCAGGGACAUGUCAACAAUUUGGGAACUGAACAAUCCGAGCAGGUUGUAUCUGGAUCCUAUUCCUACACAGGUGAUGACGGCAAAACCUACUCUGUCAGCUACCGUGCUGAUUCCAAUGGAUUCCAACCUGUUGGAGAUCAUUUGCCCACCCCACCACCAAUCCCAGAGGCCAUCCAAAAAUCUCUUGCCAUCUCUGCAGCUAGAUCACCACAACAGAGCUACGAUUCUGGUGCCUACCGACCAAAUCAACAUCAAGGAUUCCCCCAGGCCUCCGGUACACAGCAGCAAUACCUCCCACCAUCUGUCCAGUCUGCUCGUCAAUCCUUCAAUCCCCAAACGGGAUACCAUUACUAGAGUGAUGCUAGGUAGGGACCCCCAAAAUGCACCUCAUUCAACUAUAAUACUCCUCAAGUGGAAGAAUAUAGAGAGACGAUAAAUGCAACAAAAGAAACUCCUGUAAAUUAUGUAAUUUAAAAACAAAAUAAUUCUAGAAUAUUUUCGAUUCUCAUCUAUAGACCUUGUCUAAGGAAAUAAAUUUUAUACUAUUUAAAAAAAUA